GAUUUUUCUUUGUGGUCACGCAGCGACGUCAAACCCGUAAAAAAUUGCAAAUUUAUUGAAAAAACUAACAAGUUUCGAGAAUGCGAAGUCGCUCGGCAGUAGUUUUGGCAAUGCGAAGGAUUUGUCUGAUAUAAUGACUGGCAGCUUCAAGGUGCAACUCAUCAACAUGGGCACUCGCGCUGCCGCCUUUCAGGCAAAACUGAGAGCCCUUCAUGAAUACCAUGUACGUCUAUUGCAUAACGUCUUGCCUGCGCCCUCUGGCGUUGAUAUUGCUAACAAUAUCAAAUACUUUUCUCAAACUCUACUAACUGUCCUUAAGGAUGUGCGCACUUCUCCGCACGAACUUAUACGCGAUCCCCUUGAAGAUCCCACUCGCAUGUCUGCCUAUCCCAAUCUUGAAUAUGGCAAUCUCUAUAACGCUUUAACUAUGCUCAUUGAUGUGGCACCUUGUAUACAAUAUGGACAAAUCGUUUUCGGCAAAGCUUUGUUGCAGUGUCUAUGCUGCAUCUUGCCCUUUCUGGAUAAAGAUCUAAUUGAUAAUCUACCCUAUCUAGUGAGCUCUACUAUCUCUGUACUACCGCCAGCAUUACAUCAAGAUAUUGUCAAUGCUCUUUGCUAUUACAUCUUGCCCUUUACUAUAACUCGACGCAGCGCUGAUGAGCAGGAAUGCCAAGCCUGUCAAUCUGUCUCUUCUGUCAUUAUGAUGGUGCUGCAGUACUCUAAAAAUCCUGCUCAUCAUUGCCAGCUGCUGGAAUGCUUGAUGACGCUCAAGCACAACGUGGUCAAGGACAUACUCUGUGUGGUGGCCUAUGGCACUGCUGUCUCCCGCUCCUCUGCGGCCAAGCUGCUCUUCUACUAUUGGCCCGCCUUUGAUCCAAAUCUCUUCGAUCGCCGUGUGCUGCUCUCCAAGCUCACGAACGAUCUCAUGCCCUUCACCUGUCAGCGCGAGCAUUGCCCCAAUGCCGGCAAUGCUGAGGCAGCCAAAGUAUGCUAUGAUCAUAGCAUUAGCAUAACCUAUGCGCCGGACUGCCCGCCGCCUCUAUAUCUGUGCAUUGAGUGCGCCAAUGAGAUACAUCGCGAGCAUGGAAAUCUGGGCUUUGGCGAUAUACUGCAUCCCAUGCAGCAGGUGUCGAUGGUGUGCGAGAACAAGAACUGUCGCUCCAACGAAAAGUCCGCCUUCUCCAUUUGCUUCUCCACGGAGUGCGCCAGCUACAAUGGCAAUCAUCCCAUACGCUAUUGUGCGCAGUGCCACAGCAAUCGGCACAACUCACGCCGCGGUGGCGAUCAUGUGGUGCAUCGCAGUCUGCAGCCCGCCUGGCAGAUGGAUCCCGAGAUGCAAAUGCACAUGGUCGAGUCGGUGGUGAGUUUGCUGCGCGAGGCCAAGCCGCUGAACUUUGAGCCGGGCAAGGACUCGAGUGUGGAUGCCAAGAAGAAUGGCGGCAACGGCACUGUGGACAAUAUAUCGCUGGAGGAGCGUCAGCAGCUGGGUCGCUAUGGCAUUUGGCUGCUGGUGGGACGCUGCACGCCCAAUGCAGACACGCCCGUUGAGGUGCUGGGUCGCAUACUAAGCAUGCUCUUUCACUGGUUCCAUGUGACAGCCUAUUCAUACGAUGCUGCUGGCCAGAUAGAGAGCACCAUUGAGAAGCUGAAAGUGGAUCAUGUGUGCAACUGGCUGAAGGAAAUCUGUCGCGUACACUACAAUGUAUUCAUUUCUUGUCUGCUGCCACAUCCACCGGAGUAUGCGCGCGUGGGCGGUCACUGGGAGACGCUAGCCUCGCGCACUAGUCAUUUGAAGGAGGGUCUGCAGCGUCUGAUCUGCCUGGUGCCGUAUGAGGUGAUUACCUCGGAGAUCUGGGACUAUGUCAUGCCGCACUGGAUGGAGGCCAUUACCAACGAUGUGGCCGAGAAGGAGCUGAAUGAGCUGAAAAUUGUGCUAAGCAAAAUACUCGAUCCGGAAAUGUCGCCGCUCGGCUUCGAUGCCAAGACCAUGUACAAUUUUGUUGCCAUACGCUUUGAGAAGACCACAGCCAAGGUGCAACAGCAGGCGCUGCACUGGCUGCAGAUACUGACCAAGCUGGAGAUACUCAUACCGCUGGUACAACUCUUUGCAAUGUUUGGCGAUGGCGUGCGCAUUAUGAAGUACGGCAUACAGCAUGAGCUAAUGCGUGAGAAGGAGAAGGAUCCGCAGUGCCAGCUGCAGGCCAAAUUGCCCAAGACGCCCUGCAAGGAGGCCAAGGCUGAAAUGGCCAAUCCACCCAGACGCAGUUCCAUCUCGCCUGUGGUUGAGGACGACAGCGGCAACACUUCAGCCAUUUCAGAUGAUGAGGCGCCUACCAAUCGCCACACUGAGUUCUCCACAGAUGCUGAGCAUAAUCUAACCUGCUGCAUACUCAUGCUGGACAUACUGCUGCGGCAAAUGGAACUGCAGGAUGUGGAGCAGCACAUGGGCAUACACACAAGCGUCUGUGAGAAUGUCUCGCGGCUGAUCAAGUGCAUGGUCACGGCCGCGCGUGUGGGACUAAGCAGUCAUGUGUGUGCGCUCAAGGUAAGUGAGGUGGCCGAGUGUGCCUACUGCGAAGCAUCCACCAUGUGGCAUCAGCUGUCAACCAAGCUGGUCGAAUUUAUGGCGCCGCUCAAUCCAGUUAGACCACCAGAUGUGCCCAUUGAGGAUAUUAUUGAGGAGGAGAAAUCAUCACGCAAGUCACCACCGGAGUCGGAUAAGGAGAAAACACGCGAUGUUUCGUUGUCAAUGGCACCACUGCCCAUACCACUGGGUCCACUUGGCGGCUUUGCCGAUAUCUUUAAGCUAGAUCAGUUCUUUUCAGACGAUGGAAAAAUUAUUAUAAUGGCAGGUCCGGUACCGGUGGCCGUGCCUCAACCUGAGCCGCAUUCAGUGGGCGGCGUGCUCGUUCAUAUGCCCCAUGUCUGUUCCAAUAACGAAAAUGGGCAUUCAGUUGAUAAUAAUGAAUUGAGAAAAGUUCACGCCACAGACGAGAUCAUGACGGCAACGGUAGAAACUGUUUCAGAGCAACUGGACUUGGGCUCUAUAUUGCCCACAGAUCGUGCCAUAGCGCGCUCCAUAACGCUAUCCGAUGCGGAUGUUGGCAGCGCCAAUGCGAGCGUCACCAAGGCAUCGGUAAUGGGUGAGAAUGGCGCCAAUGGCAGCACCGCUGGUGGUGAGAAUGGCAGUGGCUCUGAUGACGAGGAGGAGGAAGAGGAUAGCGAUGACUUUUGGCAUACUUCAGUGGGUAAAUUCAAGUUUACGCUGGAUCAGCUGCCACAGACGCUGCAGUAUAUACAUCAACUGCUAACGGAAAUACCUACAAUUAAAAAGCCAGAGAUACUUUACUAUGUGCUGCAGUGCCUCAAGACGAUGGCACUGCAUGGCGACGCCUUGUCCAAGGCAGCCAAGGAGCAUCGCGGCUUCUUCAUCUGGUGCCAGGAGAAUCUGCUGAUUAAAAACUUGUGGGAGCUUUGCAAUGCGGAGCACUCGCACAUAUGCCAGGUGUGUGUGCCGCUGCUGCUGCACUGCAUCACGCUGCCGCUGGGCUCCGAUGUGUUCUGGCGCGUGGUGCAGGAGGCCUUUCACGAUGUGGAUUGGCGUGUACGCUUCACUGCAGUUGAACGAGUAACCGUGAUUACACGUUUUAUGGAUUCGACGCCGCUGCGUUCCGAGGUGGGCCUGCAGACAGCGCUGGCUACGGCCUUUUGUCAUCUCAUCGCCAGCAUGGAUGACAUCAAUGUGUAUGUGGCGCAGCGGGCGACGCUCUAUAUCGGAACCAUACAUGAUACGGCAAUACGGUCACUGCUCUUCUGCUUGGAGUCACAAUUCGAUCUGUUCAUUGUCGAUCGGCCGGUGGUGCUGCAGUCUGUCUACCAGCUGCACAAUUCGCUCUCCGAUCGCAAGCUGCUCGGCUGGGAUUUCUUUCUCAAUCGCUUCGAUACGCUCUUCAUCGAGGCGCAAAUCAAUCUGGAGAAAUGCGGUGACAUUUCGUAUCUGCGCGAUCUGCGCAACUCCGACAACAGCAGCGAGGCGCUCUCAGCUAAAAUAUUAAAGGCACGCGAGGCGCUCAGCCAAUCGGACACAACGGGCAGCAUGGCCAAGACUCUGAGCGCUUCCUUCGGCACCAAGUGGCCCUACAAGCGCACCAUGUCCGCACCAGCCAGCAUGGCGCCGCGCCAGGACUCCAAGUUUGUGCCCGAGAAGGAGAAAAUCUAUAGUCGGCAAGUCUCAGCGCCCAUACUCAAGCGGAAGACAUCACGUUUCGGACUGGGUCAGUUUCUAGGCAAUCAGAGUAGCACAACAGUUAGUCAUAGUGUGGCCACCACUAGUAAUCCAUUGCAUACACGCUCCAAGCUCCACACUGCCCCCUGCCCCAUACACCAUACAGCCUUUCCCUACCAUCCACACACACACGCUUUACUUCACACUCACCCCAGCCACCACACUCACACCCACACACACACGCAUUCUGGUAGUGCACAAGUAGCAACAUUUGCCUCGGCUCAUAGUCAGAGCCAUCAGUAUUUAGUGCAUUGUGUACCGAGUCAUCAUAGCCCGUUGCCCACGCUGCAAGAAGCGGGCACGCUGCUACGCUCUCAGGCCGCUCAGCAGCAAUCCGCAACAGCAGCAGCAGCAGCAGCACAGCAGCAGGCACAGCAAACUACAACUAUUGCCAUAAUAACAGCAACAACAACAGCAGCAGCCGCAGCAGCUACAGCAACAACCAGCAGCAUAGCCGCAUCCUGCUCCUCCACGGGCGCCAGCAGUGGCAGCAGCUUCACCUCAUCAUUUCACUCUCACUUUCAAAAGCACCCUUCGGCACCGAAUCUGCUGCCAGCACAGCCAGCGGUGCCCGCACCCAGUCCCAGUCCCUCGGCCCAGGCAAUUUCGGUGCAGUGCACCUGUGACGCCGCCGCCGUCGCUGCCGCUUCACAUGCAAGUGGCGCCAACGCAGCUGCCGCCGGCACAGCCAAUCCAGAUGGACACAUACACUCGCUGGGUGGUCUAAAUGAUGAGAAUCUAAUUGGCUUGCUUAGUCGCAUCACAGAGCUGGAGGAAUCGGAUCGCGAGACAAUACAUUUACUGGUCUUUAUGUUGAUGCAGUUCAUGUCGCGUACCGAUCAGGCUUUCCCAUCUGAGGAGAAGCCAGUGACCAAAACACAAAACAUUGUGCUGAAGCAUUUAUUCCUGCUCUUGGGUCACAAUCAAAUUGACAAAACUUUUCAUACCACACCGGGCAACUUGCGCGUUUCGGCCGUGUUUAAUGCCUUUCUGGCCAAUCUACCGCAAGUGCUUGAUCAAAACCAUUUGAUUGGCGGCCUCAUUUUGCCUUCGGUCAUGCAAAUCAUUUUAUAUGCACCAAAUCCGGUUAAUACAUCGGGUGAAUCCUAUCAGAAUUUGGUAUUCAACUACUCGCUAUGGAAUCUGGAGCAGUAUCCGCGUCGCAACUGGCUCUUCACGCUGCUUGUUGUGCUCUACAAAUAUUCCUACACUCAGCCGCCGCUCAGUGGUUAUGUCAUCUCGGCUAUACGCGUGAUCAUGAACAGUCUACGCGGGCAUUUUCAUCAGUGUCGUCGCAUACCCACUACUACCAUUUUGGAUAUACAGGGUGUGGGCUCAGCGCGUUCACGCGAUGUUAGCCAACCCUCGCUGGGCACGGAUCCCGAGGAUAAGGACGCUAGUCCACCAGCUAGCCCAAUGUUUCCAUCCGAAGGCACCAGCGCUGCCUCCAAGAGCAAAGGCCAGAAUGUUGCCUUUACGCCCAAGCUGCAACAUGCUUUUCGCAAGUACAAUGACUCCAGUCUGGAUGCAGAUGAAACCGAAUCCGAGCUGGUAGCCAUACCUGAGAGCGAUUUAUCGGAUAGCACGCUACAUGGCAGCAGUGCGCCGGGUUCAUUUGAUGAUACUAUACACUUUGAGGACAUAACGCCCAGCAAAAUGGAAAGUCUACGCAAAUACACUGAAGAGAAAACAAACAAAUCGCACAAGUCCAUGAUUACCACCAAGACUGGCGAUACCUAUACGACAAAGAUCAAAACAAACAGCAGUGACAAGGAGGGCGUACGCAUGAUUGUCACUCCACUGGUGGGCACUGAGAUUACCGAGACGGCAAUUGUUAGCCCGCCCGUUGAUGUGCAUCGCGCUGUCACUGUGCGCAACAAAUCGCUAGAGAGUGCAGCUGCUUCGACAUCCAAAAUGUUUGCAGCCAUUGCCACCAAUCAUCUGAAGGCGUUGGGUGCUCUACAGGAUAUGCCCGUAACAACAACCGCACAGAUUAACAAACCAAGCUCGAGCGGCAGCGGUAGUCGUUCGACGAAUGGCAGCAGCGCUGCUGCUGCAGCAGCUAAAUCUAUUGGACGCCACAAGACAAUUGUGGAGUGCAGCGCCGGCACCUCAAGCUCCUCAGCUGAUGAAGCGCGUCAAAAGAAAACGCAAGCCAAGACACUGCGCUGCGCCGACAAGUCAUAUGGAUCACCAGAUUCGCCGCUGUCCAAAAUGAAUGUUAUGCCCAAUCCACGUGAUGAGCUGGACGCUGGUCUGCUGCCCACACCCAAGAACAUUGCAGCGCUAGAGAUUCCCACGCCAGAGCGAUUGCUGCCCAUUGGCACGCAGGAUACAGUCGCCGGUUUGGUGGAGCGCGUGCGCGAUGGUCUCAGUUUGCCAGACAUAAGCCACCUUAGACAGCAGGACAGUCUGGAUGUGUCCGAGAGCACCAAGGAUGAUGUCACUCAAAGCAGUCGCAACAAUUCACCGCGUCGCCUUAUCAAACAAGUGGCACUAGAGUCGCCACCAAAUGCAAAUGCGCCCACUACAAAUGCAACAGCUGCUGCUGCUGCGGCGCCAGCAACAACAACUACACCAGCCCAACCACCAGCUGAUCUGCAUACAUCUAUACUGAAGAAUGUAACACAGGAGCUGAAGCAGCAACCAGCUGCAGCAGCUAUUCAACCCCAAGGCAGCACCAAGCGUCCGCGCCAGAAGAUGGCGCCAUUCAAUGUGGACACCAAUGCUAUACCCGAUAUACGUUCGCGUUUUGCCGGCUCCUGGCCACCACCACCUUUCCAGCCAGUUGCCACAGAUCACGAUGAUGACGCAGAUGAGGCCGCCGAGACCUCCAAUGGACAUACACAUACAAUUGCAACGGCGCAGCAGCGCGGCCAGAGCUCACGUCGUGUUGGCGACUAUACUAUAGUGGAACGCUGCUCCGACUGCGGCGCUGUUAUUGAAGAGUACACGGAUGAGGAAAUUGGCAUCUUUAUUGUCAUACUGGGCACCUUUAUACAUCGCGAGCCGGCUAUGGCAGCGCCUUUUCUGCCUGAAGUGCUUACCAUGACAUCGCGCAUUUGCUUGAGCAGCACUCACGCCUGGCAGGGUGAGAGUAGUCUGCCUUUGGCUAGCAGUGCUCAAGCUGUAGCCUUGCAAUUUAUACGCUGCGUGCUGCAUCAGUUGGCGCCCAAUGGCAUCUUCUUGCAAGUGUUCCAAACCCAAAUGAAAAUGAAAAUCCGCCACAAGCAUUUCCGCAGCAUUGCUCGCGCGCUGCAGGAUUUCCAGGACUUAAAUGCCACCAGCCCCAUUUACAUGGUCUGCGAUACGCUCACAUCGAAGAAGGCGCUGCCUGUUGACCAGCUGCCCAUUAUAUUCCGCAACAUGGCCGAGUAUCUGCAGUGCGUGCCCACAGAGGCGGGCGUGGGUCAAGCUGUCUGGUCGCAGGCCAUGCAGGCAAUGGAGUCGCUGCUGCGCCAAGUCAUUGUAGUAAUGCCCAAUCUGAGCAAUGCCGAGUAUAUGCUGGACUUGAUGGUAUCCACGCUGCGCUUGAACUGCGUGCCCAAAACGCUGCUGGAUCCCUACUCCAAGAUCAUGGCCUACUGUGUGCAGCAUACCAAUCUGGAAUACCCCACGCUCUAUGAGCUCUGCACACUCAACACGCGCAGCUUCAACAAGGAUCGCGAUAAGAACUUGCUCUGCCGUCAAAUGAUCUUUGAGUUUGUGCAGGCGCUCAAGUUCAAGUCGAACAUACCCGAUCAUAAUCUGCUGAUGAUUAUUGGCUUCGUGCUGCUCGACGCUGGUGGCAGCUUGCCGCCAGGUGCACUCAACGGUCUGCCAGAUGAGCCGCCCGUGCUGACCACCAAUGCAGCGGAUUGCCUACGUCAAUAUAUAAACGAUGUCAUUGAUUUUCUAGCGGAUUUCCAUACGCUCAGCAAGAUUAAGAAUUUCAAGAACGGUCAGGCCAGCAAUGGACUAAGCGAGGACACCUUGGGCGGCGUGCUCAAGGGCGCUGUGGCGCAGUAUUUGGCCUUGGAAAUGUCUCGCGGCAAUAAUCGGGAUAACAAAGCCGUCUCACGCUAUCUGCCCUGGCUCAACAAUGCGCCAUCAUCACUGCAGCAGGGUCCCAAGGAAUUUACAGAAUGCGUAGGUCACAUGCGUUUGCUGUCCUGGCUGCUGUUGGGCUCACUGACCCACAUGGCGCUGUUGCAGCGACGACAGGAGACACACACCUUGCCACCAUUAUCAGUUAAUCCGCCAGCAGCAGGUCAGGCGCCCGUGGUUAGUGUGCACUAUCAGCAUCAAGGAGUCACUUACUCGCAGCCAGUGCCGCAGGAGGCAUCUUGUCAUAUAGCGGAUCAUAUACAGGUGAUUUUUGCGGGAUUCGCUGAGCAGUCAAAGACUUCGGUGCUGCAUAUGUCGUCGCUGUUCCAUGCUUUUACGCUCUGCCAGCUGUGGACGGUGUAUCUGGAGCAGAUGGCGCAUAAUACCAACAGCAAUGCCGAGGGCUGCACACUGGGCGUGCUCUUUGAGUUCUGGGCCAAGGUAACGCCUUGCAUACUGCAGCUUGUCUCCCAUGCCAAACCAGCCAACAAGGAUCAAGGCGCACAGCCCAAUGCGGACUUUCAAGCGCAGAGCGCCAAUUCGAAGCUAUCCGAAAUGGUUAAUCUGCAUUUUCUUAGUCUGCUCGAAGCGCUGAAGGAGACCAACUCCACCGUGCUGGGCAAGCUGCUGCCCAUGUGGAGCACAGUGUUGUCCUCGCAGACGCAGCUCUCGGAUACGUUGCAUGUGCGACUGCAGAACGUGCGCGACUAUGCUCCGGACUAUGAGGAGCAGCAGACUAACAAGUCGGAGGCCUUGCUUAAAUGGCUGCAGCGCUUGCAAUUCAAAAUGGGACAAAUCGAGCUACAGUCCUCGACGGCCACACAGUUCUAUUCAAUUUAAAACUAAGCAAAAUUACAAAU